CUGUUGCGCCACGCUAAGCAUUUGUUCUCAAAAUGUCAACUGUCAAGGAGCAGCUUAUUGAGAAUCUAAUUGAGGAAGAUAAAGUCUCCCAGAGUAAGAUCACCAUUGUUGGAACUGGUGCUGUAGGCAUGGCUUGUGCUAUUUGUAUCUUAUUGAAGGAUUUGGCUGAUGAGCUUGCCCUUGUUGAUGUUGCAGUGGACAAACUGAAGGGAGAAACAAUGGAUCUUCAGCAUGGCAGUCUUUUCUUUAAUACUUCAAAGAUUGUCUCUGGAAACGAUUACAGUGUAUCUGCAAACUCCAAAUUAGUUAUUGUCACAGCAGGUGCACGGCAGCAGGAAGGAGAAAGUCGCCUUGAUCUAGUCCAACGUAAUGUGAAUAUCAUGAAAUCAAUCAUUCCUGCCAUAGUCCAAAAUAGUCCUGACUGUAAGAUGCUUAUUGUUUCAAAUCCAGUGGAUAUUUUGACAUACGUUGUCUGGAAGAUAAGUGGCUUACCUGCAACUCGUGUAAUUGGAAGUGGUUGUAAUCUAGACUCUGCCCGUUUUCGUUACCUAAUUGGAGAGAAGUUGGGUGUACAUCCCACAAGCUGCCAUGGUUGGAUUAUUGGAGAACAUGGUGAUUCAAGUGUGCCCUUAUGGAGUGGAGUAAACGUUGCUGGUGUUGCUCUGAAGACUCUAGACCCUAAGUUAGGAACUGAUUCAGACAAGGACCAGUGGAAAAAUAUCCAUAAGCAAGUUGUUGGAAGUGCCUAUGAGAUUAUCAAGCUGAAGGGGUAUACCUCUUGGGCUAUUGGACUGUCUGUGACAGAUCUGGUAAGAUCAAUUUUGAAAAAUCUCAGGAGAGUGCAUCCAGUUUCCACUAUGGUUAAGGGCUUAUAUGGAGUAAAAGAAGAAAUCUUUCUCAGUAUCCCUUGUGUCUUGGGCCAAAAUGGUGUCUCAGAUGUUGUGAAAGUUAACUUGAAUUCUGAGGAGGAGGCCCUUUUAAAGAAGAGUGCAAACACACUUUGGGAUGUCCAAAAAGACCUGAUAUUUUAA